UUUGUUUUUGCACCGUCAGGUUGGUAUACAGCAGGUGUUCUAGCAGAAGCAGAAAGAGUCUGCUGGCAUGCUUCAACUAAUUUAGAUAGUGGUUUAUAUUCAUUUUUUCCUGUAAUUGAUCUUAGAAGAGCCAUGGCAACCUGCACUAAUAAAGGUUUUCUUCGAGUUUUCCCUCUGGUAUACCAACAGGUUCGAUUUUCAAGAAACCGUCCAAAUAUUCAACGACCCAAACAUCCACAUUUUCUCAAAUCCAAAUUAUUGGCAGUUACUAAACCGAUUUAUGAGGAGGACACCCGUCCUCCCAUUGAUAAGUGUUUGAAACCUGUUCAGAUCAUGCCCCCAGUUGACCUUGAUGCACUUGACAAGAUCUAUGCCUCUGAACUUCGUGACAUGUUUAAGACAUCUGCACUCUCCGCUAUUUUUACUCGGUGUAACUAUGAUUUUCAUGAAAUGCAUCAGGCCAAGAUACUCUUCUUUAAAGCCAAUAUGAAAAUAGUUGUCCGAAAUAAACACAUAGUAAAGGAAGCCAUUGGUGAUACUGAGUUCCGAAACCUGCUACCGCUCUUUGAUGCUGUUAAUUUUAUGGUGUUUUCACCUGAAGCAAAUAUUUCUUCUCUUGUUUCUAUCAAUCAAAAACUACCCCACUACCAUCUACUGUGUGCUGUUGUUGAUGGAAGAAUCCUUAGUUUUACCCAGUUACAAUCUUUGGCUUCUAUCCCGGAUAUCGACACAGCUAGAGCAAGUAUUGUUCAAACUCUUCUGAGCGGUGCUCAGAGUGUAGCACAGGGUCUCCAGUCGCACCAAAACACCUUGGUUCAACAACUCAAGCAGAGAGUUGAUCAACUCCAAUCAACACCUGAAGGAAAGGACCAAUAAUUUAACCAACAAUUUAGAAGUUACUUAGAUGAAACUACCUUAAAGUUUUCAAUUUACUUUUAUUAUAAAUUCUUGAGAUUGUCUGAUGAACUAUUAUAGUACUUUUGUAAAAGAGAUUACAAGGUACCCAUACAUUUUCAAUAAAGUGUACAUAAAA